UUCCACUUCCCUCCCUCACCCCACCUGCCUGCCAAUAGCUAGAGAUAGCCAAGAUCAAGGUUAAUGGUUAACAGCAGCUAUUACCGCACAGAAAGUGACUUCCGCCUGCUGGGGCCGGGCCCAAAGCUGCCCUUGCCUGCACAGCAGCGCGGUGGAAGGGGAGCGGUUCGCUCCGCAAAGGGCUACUGAACAGCAGCUUCGCUCGGCAGAGAAAGGAGGCGGAAAAUCCAGAAUGAGCGAGAGGUGUUUACCGUAAGGAUAGGUAAGAGCUGAAACGCUUUCCCACUCGGCUUACUGACUUACUGGCUGCUGCUAAUAAAACCCACAGGUGUGGCUGACUGAGACCUAUUAGUUGUAAGCCGACUUCUCUGACCUGUGUGUCUUGGUGAAAGGGCAAAGUGAGGAAGGAUCUAUUUGCCGUAAAUUUGAAGAUCAGAGGGGGCAGGAAGUCUCUUCUUCCCUCAGGAGCUGCUCAUGGCAGGACAGACCUCUCCUUCAGACUGUUCUCAUCUCAUUGACCACAGCCACAUUCCUGAAUUUGAGGUGUCCCUUUGGAUCAAGAUCACUUUGGCGUCAGUGUAUAUCUGCAUUUUUGUUGCGGGCAUCUUGGGCAACAGUAUCACCAUCAAGGCCACCAGGAUUCUGCAGAAGAAAGGCUACCUGCAGAAGGAGGUCACAGACCACAUGGUGAGCCUGGCUUGCUCUGACCUGCUGGUCAUCCUGCUAGGCAUGCCCAUGGAGUUCUUCAGUGCCAUCUGGAGCCCCUUUUCCACACCCAAUGGCAACAUGGCUUGCAAGCUCUACUACUUUCUCUUUGAAGCCUGCAGUUAUGCUACUGUGCUGCAUGUUGCCACUCUCAGCUUUGAAAGGUAUGUGGCUAUCUGCCACCCCUUCAAGUUCAAGUCUUUCUCUGGACCCCGCACAGUGAAGCUGCUCAUUGCCUUUGUCUGGGGGACAUCUGUCAUAGUGGCUCUGCCUCUGCUUUUUGCCAUGGGAACAGAAUAUCCCCUGGAAACCAUCGAGGGCUACCACGGUACAACUGCUUGUGUCAAGCCUACACCCAGGCACCACCUCCCUGAGCUGAAGUACAACACAACCAUCUGUACCAGCCUCUCCUCCAAGUGGUCUGUCUUUCAGGCCAGCAUCUUCAGUGCCUUUGCUGUGUACAUCAUAGUGCUGGCAUCUGUCACUUUCAUGUGCCGCAGCAUGAUGAAAACUCUGACAAUCCACAAGGAAGGAACUGUGACAGUGAAAGGUGGACUAAGACACCAGGAGCAGUACCUGAGAAAAAAUGAGAGCUCAGAGGGCAAGAGCUCCAGGAGACAGAUCACUUUAUUCCUAGGUAGCCUUCCUGAAGGCGCUGUGAAGUGUAACCAGCUACCAUGGCCACAGUGUUGCUGCUGUAUUGAACUUCUUACAGCAAGAUGUUAAGGCUGAAAUUUUACUUCUGAUUGUUUUCACUCAAAGUAAGAAGGGAGGUCAAUCAAAACUGGUAAUUUCCUCAUCUUUAUCUAGAGGAAGUAAAUUGGGAUGAGCAGAAAAAGAAGGGUUGGAAAGUGAUGUAGUCAAAAGAAAUGAGAAUGUUAUGUAUUUGGGGUUAUUAACAUGCAUCAGUGGCAUCUGUGCUUGAGAAGAAAGUGAACAUAGAGGCUUCAGCAGACCGUUCUGGUACAAUGUGUGAUGUUAUAGUAUGUUUGAUUGUCACUAGUACACCACAUGUAACAUCAAAUUGGGACAGGCAGGACCAAUUUACACAUGUUUUCAUUUGAAGAUAGCAAAUGUCUCUUUGCAUAUGUGGAUGCUUUGAUUGAAGCAUAGAAACGUAGACUUUUAAUAAAGAAGGCAGCAACAAGAA